GUGGUUGUUUGCAAACCCAAAGAGCACUGCAAUGUAAAUUUAUCAGCAGAUUAAUUGGACCGCUUACCACAAAUCCCGCACCAGAGAGGGAACAAAACAGAGUCUUCUUUCUACUAAAGUGCUCCUCCACAAUAAGGCGUGCUGUACCAUCAGACGCUCAUCAUCCUCUUCCUCAUUGAUUGUUGACACCAAACUCCUCUCUCCCUCUGCUGAGGGAGCACCUGCUGUUUGUACUUCUGCUGUCUGGCACAUCAAAGCAGUCCUGUCUUUUCUAGAUAGUUGGAAUGGCUGCUAAACCUCAUCCACCUCUGAUGAAGAAACACAGUCAGACUGAUCUUGUGAGCCGCCUCAAGACGCGCAAGAUCCUGGGGGUUGGUGGAGAGGACGAUGAUGGAGAGGUGCACAGAUCAAAGAUCAGUCAGAUGCUGGGGAAUGAGAUAAAGUUUGCAGUUCGGGAGCCUGUUGGACUGAGGUUAUGGAUUUUGUUUUCUGCUGUGGUUUUCACAGUCAUGGCACUCAUGGCAUUAAUCUUUCCUAACCAGCUGUAUGAGGUUGUAUUCGAUCAAGAGCAAACAGACACCAGUGUUUCUAUACGUCUGUACGGAGGAGCCAUUCUCAGUCUGUCUCUGAUCAUGUGGAACGGCUUGUAUACUGUUGAGAAGGUUAUCAUUCAGUGGACAUUACUUAGCGAGGCCUGCUACUUUGCCAUCCAGUUUUUAGUCACCACCAUCACUCUGGUGGAACUCGGCUCCCUGCCAAAUGCUGCUAUCCUCCUCCUCCUCAGUCGCAUAUUCUUCCUCAUUAUCACGCUGUCCUAUUAUUAUCAUCUGGGACGCCGGCAGAAGAAAAUCUGAGAGUCUCGCACACACCAGUACGAGACUCCUGGUGCUUAGGGAAUUUAGUGAUGGACGGCUGGGCUGGAGUUUUCAUCAGAAGCUUUGAACAGUGACACAGUUAAAACGACAUCAACCUGUUGACCUGGCGUUGAGCCUUAUGAAAAGGACAAUGUCAAAACCCCAUUUUUUAUUUUUAUGCUCAAGUGAAUUUCAUUUUUCUGCAUUGUGCAGUCACAGUGUACUGUAGGUCUCUUCAUUCAGCGUUUGUUGUAUAAAGUAUUGCACACUGUAGCCGAGCUUGGAACAUUGGCGUAAUUGUCUGUAGUUAUGGUAUCAAUAAAACUUUUUUGUAAUAAUGCCAAUGACGACUAGCUCCUAGACAUGUGGCGUGUGUGGCUAGUAAACACUAGAAUGUGUUUUUUAACUGCAGGUUUUUGAAAAACAAAACCAUUCAGUAUUUAAGUAGUUAAUACAUUGCUACCUGCCUUUACUACAGUAUACUAGGAUCAUGAAACAGUUGUGGGCAAAUCUGUAUUAUUGUAGAUUGCUUUAAAACUGAAACGAAAAACUACCUGCUGUAUAGCUACAGUCUCGCUGCUUUCCCAUAUGGCAGUGGUUACAUCUCAAAUAUGUAUACUUUAUUGAUGACAGACACAAGGGUUAGUUUGCACAGUUAGAUGCCCUCCAGGUUCACUAUUUUAGAAACUUGUCAAACAGUUAACAUUUUAGGUAAAUACUUUAUUAAGUUUAUAACUCCACAACUCCUUUCUCUUUCAGUAAUGCCACAAAACAUGGUUGUGUAGCACAAAAGCAUGUCACAUUCAUUUUAACAAGUAAUGUAGCAGUAUUUCCCCUCACAGUUCCCUAAUAUUGCCUUAAUAUUUUAAACCGCACACAUUUUCCAUGUCAGCACACUGCCGGUUGUUUGUACUUUGUCUGGACAAAUCAACAGAACUGUAUGUAUUUUAUGCUGAGCAACAGUUUUCCAGUUGCUUAUUUAUUGGCCUGUCCCACGUCUUGGCAUAAGUAAAAUUCGUUUUUUAGUUUUUAAACUUAGGUUUGUGGUAUGACUUGCACAUUUAUUGUCCAAGGUGUGUAGUCAAGAAAACAUUUGUGCUCCAGAAUAAUGAAAUUAUCUCAUGUUACUAGAGUUGUUCAUGGUCUAAUGAUGGGCACAAAAUGAAAGUGUACAGUGUAUAUAAAUGUCUGCUGUUUUGUGUUAUGGUAUGCUUUUUAAAAGUUUCCAUACCUGUUGAUAACCCCCCACACAAACAUAAUGGGAUUUGAAAUAACAUUACGUUUUUCUAGCUUUAUUCUCACUGCAAACACGCUCAUACUGUAUCAUAACAUGGUAAAUGAAAGCAAUACAUUUAGGAAGAACACAGAAAAUGUCUAUUUUUAAAGGCUACCAUGAUACUUGUGGGUUAUUCGUUGUUGGAAGGUCUUGUGAAGUGUUUUGUUGUUGAGAACUCUGCAAUGAAUGGUUUAAAAAAUAGGUAAUGGAAAGUUUAAAGGAUCGACCUUCUUGAGGCUUAGGACAGUUUAGUGAACCACUGUUUUUCUGUUUUUACAUGUAAACAAACUCAUUCUUUGCUUGUACUAAUUUCAUCACAAACAACCAUCCUUAUUUUUAAAUCUUUCCCAUCUAUAAAUAGGAAAUGUUAUAUCAGAAAUGUAUCCUAAGUAGUUAAAAAAUACAUUUUGGUUGUAUGGUUGUGUACUGAUCUUUUCAGAACCUCUUAUUAAAAGUAAACUCUACAUGCCCAGCUAAUGAACUUGAUUGCAAAUGCCAAACAUGACUCAUGGAGUAUUCACAUCUCCUCCUGGGAAUUCUUGCCAUCAUGCCAUGCAGUUAGAAAUAACAAUCCAGUUAGAUAAUGUCUUCAGCUGUCUGCAGAUGAUACACAGUAUAAAAAGUUACUGAAGGGAUGUUAUUGUACUUUUUAAAUUUCUUUGUAAAUAUUUUAUGGAGAUAUGUUAUUGUUAUGGACCUGCGUUGUUCUCUUUUUGGAAUAAAGAUGAUGUACAAGAUUUAUCGCAACUGGUUAUUCAGGUUUUUUUAUUGUUG